UUCUGGUAACAUGCUUAGCAUCAAAACACAAUAGAAAAAUACCAAAUUAAGUUACUUAUUGGCAACAUAAUUCCUUGACAGUUUAUUCAAAAUUAUGGGCAGAUUUAGUUAUUUACGCGAGGGCGUCAAUGUGGCCCUUCUCAUGGGUGCCGGUGAUAUGAUCGCACAGUUCUUUAUCGAAAAGAAAGAGUUCAGUGCUUGGAACAUCUCACGGACGGCACGUUUCAGUGCUGUGGGUCUCAUUGUUGUUGGACCCUCUUUACGCAAAUGGUAUAGCACCAUGGAUAGGUUGGUAUCCAAAGAGCAGACGGCGAUAAAGCGGGGUUUUAAGAAGAUGCUGUUAGAUCAGUGCCUAUUUGCGCCCCCAUUCACAUUGCUGCUUACAUAUUUGAUUCCGUUUGUGAAUGGCGAGAAACAUGAGAAUAUUGUGCGUCACGUUCGCCAGAACUAUUUCACGAUAUUGAAGAAUAGUUUUUUGUUAUGGCCAUUGGCGCAAACAAUUAAUUUCAUUGUUGUGCCAUCUCAGUACCAAGUGAUUUAUGUCCAGAUAGUGGCGCUGAUUUGGAAUUGCUAUUUAUCUGGCGCUCUCAAUUCUUGAUAAAUAUCAGUUUGUUUAUUUUCUUUUAACAGGUACGAAUAGUAAACCAGAGUGAAAU